AUGGUCUGUGCUACACACGCUCUCGCAGCAGUCGGCGCUAUCGCUCUGGCUCCUCAGAUUGUUCGCUUCGCAAGCUUCGUUUGGCUGUACCUCAUACGCCCCUCCACUGUGCGUCGCUAUCACCACGGUCCGCCUGCUUACGCAUUGGUGACGGGGGCAUCAGAUGGCAUAGGCAAGGCCGUUGCCCAAGAACUGUCAAGGAAAGGCUUCAACGUCAUUAUUCACGGUCGGAAUGAAGAAAAAGUGCGCAAGGUCGCGGAGGAGAUCCGCUCGUGUAGCUCUCGCGAUGUGCGCUAUUUCAUUGCGGACGCAGCGCAACCAGGCCACGACUUUCUACACAUGAUAGAGCCACUCAGCAAUCUCAACAUCACGGUUGUUAUCCAUAAUGUUGGCGGUGCUCAGAUCACCGACAGAAAGCUAGAUGGAUUCGACGAGUCCGAGCUCCUCGGCCUAGUUCAGUGGAAUUCGCUGUUCCCUCUGCUGCUCACGCGCGCUCUCCUACCCCAGCUACGCUCCUCAGCAAAGACGGGUCCCGUCAUGGUGCAAUUCGUCGGCUCGCAUGUCGGCGACCACUCGCCUCCUCGCCUUCCAGUUUACGCAGGGACGAAGGCGUUCCUGCGUGCGCUCUCGCGCGGGCUGGACACGGACGAGCGCGUCUGGGGCGCGGACACGGGCGUGCGCUUUGCAUACCUCGUCGUCGGUUCUGUCUGCUCGAGCACGAAUCGCACCGGGGUGCGCGAGACGCUCUCGAUGCCGAGCACGGAGCGCUUUGGGCGAGCGUUGGUGAGCCAGAUUGGCUGUGGACGAAGGCGAUACGCACCGUACAUGCCGCACGCGAUUAUUCAGUGGGUGAUGGACAUCCUUGGAGAAAGGCUCGUGGACAAGCUGGGGGCUCUUGUGAUACGCAGAAUCGUUGCUGCAGAAGAAAAGGAUAAAUGA